CGCGCACACACACGCUCGCGCGCGCACAGCACUCGCAACACCGGCACUCCGCACGCUCGGGCCUGUUUGCAUGGAUCUAGCACGUCAGUGAGUUUGUGAAGUCCCUGCUCGUUCGUUUUCGAGGAUCCUGCAACUGGACAGAGAGCCAAGUUUCACCACUGACCACUUGUACAUCCACAUGUUAGUGCACACCUACUCAGCGAUGGAGCGCUCGGAUGGGCUCUCGGGCUCCUCACCGAGACUGUCUCAGCUCUGCUCUCUGAAUCAGUCGGCUUACUCUGCGGCUCCUCCGCUGUGUCACACCCCGGCCUCGGACUUCCAGCCGCCCUAUUUCCCUCCUCCGUAUCCGCAGGCGUCGCUCUCCUACUCCCAGGCUCAGGACUCGGGAUACCCGCACCUAGCCGACCCGUACCAGUCCAUCAGCUCCCUGCAUCAGCAUCAGCAGGCCGCCUGGCACCCCCCGCGGGGCCGCAACCCGGAGGACGCGGGAGUCCUACCACAGCCGCACCGCGCGCUGAGCCUCGAGCCCCGACGUGAAUACCCCGGUGUUCCCCGGCUCCUGCACGCGCUCGGCGAAGGAGCAGGCGCGGGCGCAGGAGCGCUGGGAGAUGCGCCGCUCGGCGUGCACGCGGCUCAGCACGAGGAUCUGCAGGGUAUGGAGGAAGCAUCAUCCCUGGGAAUCUUGGAUCAUUCUGUUAUCAAGAAAGUUCCAGUCCCGUCCAAGUUGAACGGCUCUGCUCUGUCUGUCCUGUCCCUCGGAAAGGACGGUUUGGGUCUCGGUGGUGUGUCCAACCCUGCCGAGGUCUUCUGCUCGGUGCCUGGACGCCUGUCGCUCCUCAGCUCUACGUCCAAGUACAAGGUGACGGUGGGGGAGGUCCAGAGGAGGCUGUCUCCUCCUGAGUGUCUCAACGCCUCGCUGUUAGGAGGAGUGCUGCGGAGAGCAAAGUCAAAGAACGGCGGCCGCUGCCUCCGUGAGCGUCUGGAGAAGAUCGGUCUCAACCUUCCUGCCGGCCGCCGCAAGGCAGCUAAUGUCACGCUCCUCACAGCACUAGUGGAAGGUGAGGCAGUCCACCUGGCACGGGACUUUGGUUAUGUGUGUGAGACAGAGUUCCCAGCGAGGGCGACUGCAGAGUACUUAUGCAGGCAGAGUGAUCCAGACCAGCUCCCUACACGGAGAAACAUGCUGCUGGCCACCAAGGAGAUCUGCAAAGAGUUUGUUGACCUCAUGUCCCAGGACAGGUCGCCGCUGGGUGCGAGUCGGCCCACACCGUGCCUGGAGCCCGGGGUUCAAGGCAGCCUGACCCACUUCAGCCUGCUCACCCAUGGCUUUGGAACACCGGCCAUUUGCGCCGCCCUCUGCGCCUUCCAGAGCUACCUGCUGGAGGCCCUGAAACUGCUGGACAAAGCCGAGGGAGGCGGCAAGAGCCAUCAGGAUAAAGACCUCAAACACUGCAAAUGAGGCAGUGGUGCAUAUCCGGCAACAUCGCAAAAAGACUGAGCUCUUCCCCAGCCUUUAAGAGAGAGAGAGAGAGAGAAAGAGAGAGAGAGUGUGUGUUUACACGUGUAUUUAUGUGUGUGUGUGUGUGUGUCCGAAUCUAACUGAAUCAGCUGCUGGAUUCGAGUCAAUGUGUGUGUUACAGGAUUAAUUAGGAUGUGAUGUCCUCAGAGAGAGAGUGAGUAAAAAGAGAGUGAGUAAGUGUGUGUGUGUGUGUGUGUGUGAAUCAUAGCUUCUCACUCCUCUGGAUCGUGGGGUGGACAUUCAGAACAGCGCCCCUGUGCACUCUCCGUGUGUUUCACCGUAAAAAGCGAGCCACAGGAACUGCAAAAGGCAGCUAGAGAUGGCGCACAUUUGCUGACGGAAGCGUUUCCUUUGGAAAACAAUGCAAAUCUUGUCUUUUUGUACUCCCUACUGUAUGUUUGUUACCCAUGUUAUUAUUAUUAUUAUCAUUAUUAUUAUUAAUGUAU